GUCAGCACUGUCAGUGCACAUCUUAAAUAAUUGUUUUGACCUACAUCUCUUUUUACUGUUUAGUACAGUUUUCAGUUAUAAGGAUAGUAGGCCAGUUGGCCUGUGUUAAUCCUUGCAGAAGAUAUCUCUUUGGAGAUCCAGUUUCUCCUUGAGCAUGACAGAAGGUGCUGAUACUACUUGCUGACGUAAGGAGUUGCAGCCGUUGACUACACGAUGGGAGAAAUGCAGAUUCACGCUAAGUUGAUUCGAACGUGGUUUAAAUUUUCUUGUGAUACCCUCGAAGGUAGUCCUAGCAGGGAAAUAAUAGGACACAUCAGUACUGAAGUCAUUAUUAAGAAUACGAAAUGCCAGUAUGAGAUCACCUUGUUUCCUACGUCGUUCCUCAUAGGACAGAUUCGAAAGGCCUGCCACAAGCUUAGUACCUACCCUUUGAACACACUGGGGUGCGUCGGCAUCCUUUUUGGGAAAUACGCCAGCCACCUGAAUGCAGUAUUCCAAGUGAGGUCAAAGGAAAGGAUGGAGUUGGUGCCGUAAUGGAUUCGAUGGAACUGGAAAGGCUUCGUGGAAUCACAAUUCAGUCAGCCUCAACGUUUACUACUUGGAAAGAUUGUACCAUCAAUCUCAUUGAUACCCCUGGCCAUGUCGAUUUUACAGUAGAAGUUGAAAGAGCUCUCCGAGUCCUUGAUGGUGCAGUUCUUGUGUUGUGUGCUGUUGGUGGGGUUCAGUGCCAAACACUUACAGUAACUCGCCAAAUGGAACGGUACAACAUACCCCGACUCGCAUUUAUCAAUAAACUAGAUCGACAGGGAGCCGAUCAUGUUCGUGUUCUUAAGCAGAUGAGAUCAAAGCUGAAUUUCAAUUCAGCCCUUAUUAAUAUUCCUAUGAGUCAAGAAUCAAAAAGUACAGGAAUAAUCGAUUUGAUUAGUGAGACGGCUGUUUAUUUCGAUGAACCAUUUGGUUUAACUGUAAGGCAAGAUGCUAUCCCAUCUUCUAUGUUGGCGGAAACUAAGGAACGUAGAGCUGAAUUUAUUGAAUGUCUGGCCAACGGUGAUGAUGAAAUUGGUGAGGCGUAUUUAUCGGAAAAACCAAUCGAUCAAGCAGCUUUAAAAGCUGCUGUACAUAGAGCUACAGUAUCACGACAAUUUGUCCCGGUUUUAGUUGGAUCAGCAUUACGUAACCGUGGUGUACAGCUACUGCUUGAUGCUAUUGUGGAUUAUUUACCUAAUCCUGGCGAAGUUAGCUAUCAUGCUUUGAAUGAAAGCUCUGGUGAAGCUAAAAUUGUCCCUUUAAAACCACAGCGAUCUAGUGAAAAUCCAUUUGUAGGACUUGCUUUCAAACUAGAGGCAAAUAAGUUUGGUCAGCUGACCUACAUACGAAUCUAUCAAGGCUGCCUACGUCGUGGUGAUACUGUGAGAAAUGCUCGCACAGGUCGUCGUAUCAAAGUACCUCGUCUUGGUCGAUUAAAUGUCGCUGAACUGGAAGAAUUGGAAACUGUUUAUGCUGGAGAUAUCGCAGCACUUUUUGGUGUUGAAUGCGCAUCUGGUGACACUCUCAUUGAUUUGCAUAUGAAAGAACCGUUAGCUAUGGAGUCGAUGUUUAUCCCAGAUCCUGUUGUUUCUAUGUCUAUUAAACCGACAAGCAAAUCUAGUGUCGAAUCAUUCAGUAAAGGUUUAGCUCGGUUCACCCGUGAAGACCCAUCAUUCAUUUUUACACAAGAUCCUGAAACUGGUGAAUCGUUAGUAUCUGGCAUGGGUGAAUUACACUUAGAAAUUUAUGCCCAGCGCUUAGCUCGUGAAUAUAAUGCUCCGUGUAUAUUGGGUAAACCUCAAGUGGCAUUUCGCGAAAGCCUACGUGAACCAUUUCACUUUGACUAUCUUCAUAAAAGACAGUCUGGUGGUGCAGGUCAAUAUGGUCGAGUGAUUGGUAUCCUGGAGCCUUUACCACCUGAUUCUUAUACAAAAUUGGUAUUUUCUGAUGAAACAGUUGGUACAAAUGUGCCUAAAUUUAUGUUCCAGCCAUUGAAACUGGUUUUCGUAAUUCAUGCAAUGCAGGACAGUUAGCUGGACAGAAAAUUACCGGCGUACGCUUUCGUUUACAAGAUGGUGAUAAUCAUUGUGUAGACAGUAGUGAUUGGUCUUUUCAACAGGCCGCUGAAGGUGCUAUGAAGCAAG